UCAAUUAGACGAAGUCAAAGCACGCAAGGAUAUUACGGAGGAAUCAAAGUAAUGAGAACUGCUGCGUGUGUGUGUAAUUCCGCGAAAUGAAAUACGAAUGAAACGGCAAAACCCUCGCACACAAAAAAAAAACCGAAGAUUCAUAACAGUAGCGUCCGCGCAUUUGUCACCUAAUUAUCCCCUCCCUCCCCACCAUGUUUACUUAGACCGACCUCUUUUUUCGGAGCGUUAUCUUCAACCGAAACAUCUUCUUUUGUUCUUGAUUUUGUAAGAUGCGCUAUCAGCGCUUAAGUUAUGUUGCGCGCAUCUAAUGAGCGAUACACGCCCGUGGAACGAAGAUAUCGCAUUUUCACCUGACAUUGCCAUCGCGGUGGUUCUCCUGCCAAGUCACAAACUUUAUACGGACACUACUCACAUGUAAACUCGAUCUUCGUUCAAAAGUUAAAGUGUUGUUUCUUCACACAGUAAUCUACAUAAAUAAUGGCGGUCGACUUCACUGCUCUGUGGUUGCUAAUCAUUUUAACGCUGGACGUUAUCAACUACGAAACUCAGGCGAUUCGUGUGCGACGUUUGGUCGGUGGGACGAACGCCGCAGAAUCCGAGUUUCCUUAUCAGGCAUCCCUAAGAUACUUCGACUUGCACAUCUGCAGCGGCACGCUUAUCAGCGACAAGCACGUUCUGAGCGCGGCGCAUUGCGUGUGCGGCCUGAUCGACUACCCUUCCGAAGAACUCAGUGUGCGCACCGGGAGUGUUAAAUUGACAGAGGGUGAAAAACACGCUGUCAAGUCGAUUACGUGCCACCCUGACUAUCGCUACGGCCCGGAAGAAUCCUGGACGGCCGAUAUAGUUGUAAUCACGCUCGCUGAACAAAUUUGCGUGUCAGCGUCUCAAUUGCCAAUCGCUUUGGCAACUCGUAAGACUCCCGAUGGAGAACGUGCGGUAAUUAGCGGAUGGGGUAGGGUUCGUCCGUUUAGUUUCUUGUCACGAAAUUUGCAAAAGCUCUCGUUGCCGAUCAUCGACAACAAGAUGUGUCAAGAAUAUUACAAGAACUUUACCAUUCUCGAUUCUCAGAUCUGUACGUUCGAGAGAAAAGGCAUUGGUGCUUGCAAGGGUGAUAGCGGCAAUCCUUUGGUCUACAACAAUACGUUAGUGGGCGUAUUCUCGUGGACAAAACCCUGUGCAAUCGGUUUUCCCGACGUUUUCACUAAUGUUAUCUAUUUUACGGAUUUUAUUGAACGGGUAAUUCAAACCGAUUAGUUCGGCUGCAGAUUUAAAAUGUAAUUAUCUGAGAAACAUGAAAGUCCUCGAAAAAAAAUUUCUUUCGAAAUAAGGAUAUCAGUUUUCAACAAUUUUUAAACAGUUUGUAAACUUGUGCGUACAAGUUGCAUUUUUUAAUGUUUUAUAGUUUUUUUAAAUGUAAUAUACUCGUAUAUGACAAUAAAAAAGUUUUGAUAAA